UGUGUGUGAGGGCUCGAGAGAAAGGGGAAACGGCCGGGGAGGGAGGCGGAUGCGUCUGCAGCCGUAAGUAGUUCCGGUUGAGGAAGUCGUCGGUCGCGGCAGCCGGGUUCCCGUGGCUGCGGCAGGGCCGGAGCGCCGCGUCCCGAGCGGUUACGAGCCCGGCCCCGGUACAGCCGCGCCGACCGCCGCCAUGGCCACCCGCUCCUGCCGGGAGAAGGCGCAGAAGCAGAACGAGCAGCACCAGGCCAUCCUGGCCAAGCUGCUACGGGAGGAGGACAACAAGUACUGCGCGGACUGCGAGGCCAAGGGUCCAAGAUGGGCCUCUUGGAACACCGGUGUUUUUAUUUGCAUCAGAUGUGCUGGAAUACAUCGAAAUCUUGGGGUCCAUAUAUCAAGGGUCAAGUCUGUCAACUUGGACCAAUGGACACCAGAGCAAAUACAGUGCAUGCAAGAAAUGGGAAAUACUAAAGCAAGACUACUCUAUGAAGCUAAUCUACCAGAGAACUUCCGAAGACCUCAAACAGAUCAAGCUGUGGAAUUUUUCAUCAGGGAUAAGUACGAAAAGAAGAAAUAUUAUGAUAAAAAUGCAGUUAAUGCCUUCAAUAUAUCCUCUUCUGAUGCUGCUCAGCCUUUGGCAUCCUCUCCUCUGCAAGCUGCUGCUGAGAAGAGCAAAGCAGAGAAGGAAAAAGAAAAAAAGAAAGAAGAGAAAAAGAGAGAGAGAGAAUCUGAAAAACCAUCAAAGCAAUUAGCAGUUGAAAAGCCACAGAAGAAAGAGGAACAGCAAUCAGAAGCUAAAGCAAGUCCAAAAAAGACAUCAGAACCCACUAUUGACCUUUUAGGACUUGAUGGUCCAGCUGAAGCAUCUGUUACAAAUGGAGGCACUGCUGCUGUCACAACGCUGAAUGAUGACCUGGAUAUCUUUGGUCCAAUGAUCUCUAAUCCUUUACCAGCAGCUGCUGCACCUCCUGCUCAGAGCACUUCCACUAAACCAGCAGCUGCCACCUUGUCUGUGGCACCCGGGGACCUUGAUCUGUUCACUGAGCAAACAACAAAAUCCGAAGAGUCAGCCAAGAAACAGCUCUCCAAAGACUCCAUCUUGUCACUGUAUGGCACAGGAACCAUGCAGCAGCAAAAUGCUCCUGGUAUGUUCAUGGGGUCAUCUUCUAUGCCAUUUACCACACAACCACCAACUCAUUUUCAAGGCUUUCCAGCCAUGGGAGUCCCUGUGCCUGCAGCAACUGGGAUGAUGGGAAACAUGAUGGGACAAUCGGUGCCAGUCAUGGGACAGAGCACAGGCGUGAUGGUAGGAAUGGGAAUGCCCAAUGGAUUUACUGGUACUACGCAAACUGGUGUGAUGGGACUUCCUCAAAAUGUUGUUGGACCUCAAGGUGGAAUGGUGGGACAGAUGGCCACGCCACAAAAUAAGUAUGGAUUGCAGCAAAGCCAGCAAGCUCAAUGGAACCUCUCUCAGAUGAAUCAGCAAAUGGCUGGAAUGAACCUCAGCAGUUCCAGCAAUGUGAUGGGCUUUGGCCAGCCCCCCAGCACAGCAGCAGGAUGGACUGGAAGCUCCUCUGGUCAGACUCUCAGCACACAACUGUGGAAAUGAAAGUUGCAACAGAAGUCUCACCCAGAACAGCCACCUAACAUUCCUUGUUCAAAUGCAUUUACUUUCACUGUUCCUUCCAUAUACAUACUCUUUUUCUUUUCCCCCCAGCUGUUCAGAUUAAGAAUAUAACUGACUGACCGUGUUGUGGUCUAUAUUGAUUUAAAUUUGAUGUAGUGAAAAGCAGAUCAAGAAUACAUUUAUACAUCAUUGGCAGCAUUUUCAUACAAUGCAUAUGAUUUCAUAGACCAUGUGUUUAAGAAGCUGCUUAACCACAUACUUUUUUUUUUCCCCUCCAAGUUCUAGAUCAAAUGUUUGCAUAUAAGGGACGUAGCUAUCAUGUUAGUAAUAUCCAAAAAUACAAACCCUGACCCCACCCCCCAAAAAAUUACCCAGUAAUCCUGUAGAAGGUACUGUAUGAACAAAUGUUUAAUCAUAUAUAAAUAGAAUGUAAAUGUAUCACUGAGCAAUGUUUUCUAGUGUAUCAAACAAAUUUUGUUUCAUCUUACAUUUCACUGUGAUGUUCCUAUGGUGUGCAUAACAGGGAAUAUGCUUAUGGAAAGGAAGGUAAACCUGGAUGUUACUGUAGUUCUACAAAUCAAUAGUUUAUUCUUUUAAAAAUGAGCUGUGACAAAGUUUCCAAUCUGGCUCACAAGGCAUGUACACAGUAUUAAUGCAGAGAACUGACAGCACAGUAUGUGCACAAGGUACCUCGGCGUGAGCACACACAUUUUUCCUUGCAGAGAUAUCCAGGUUUAUGACAGUGAUUUGUGUUUACAUUUUAUGGUGCCUCGUAAUGAUAAAAUGUUAUUUCCCAAUAUUAAAAGGAUAAAUCCAUAAA